GAUAAUUAAUGCCAUCCUUCCUGGUAGACAUAGCCACUUCUUCAGAUGGGAGUCUUCAUUCUAAGCCAACUUAACUCAUUCUGAAAAGAAUAAAAGAAGUACAUUUUGUUUCUCCUGAAGUGUUUGUAAGAUACCAUGUGAAGAAUCAACUAAACCAGUGAGAUGACUGGAGGAAACUGCACUGAGGUGGAAGAGUUUAUUCUUCUAGGAUUCACAGAUCAUGUAACCCUACAGCGUGUGCUCUUUGUGAUAUUUUUACUGAUUUAUGUUCUCACUAUUUUGGGGAAUAUUGGGAUCAUUGUGGUUGUGAAAAAUGAUUCUCACCUUGAAACCCCCAUGUAUUUCCUUCUGAGCAACUUAUCCUUCUUAGACCUUUGCUAUUCAUCUGCUAUCACCCCAAAGAUGCUGAUAAAUUUCCUGGUACAGAAGAAAGUUAUUUCAUACACUGGAUGUUUCUUACAGCAAUAUUUUUAUUGCUGUUUUGCAACUACUGAAUGCUACCUUGUGGCUGUGAUGGCAUAUGAUCGAUAUGUGGCCAUCUGCAAACCAUUGAAGUAUACCACCAUCAUGUCCAGAACGGUCUGUAUUCCAUUAGUGGUGUUCUGCUAUAUAGCUGGACUUCUGAAUUCAUCCAUACAAGUGGGAUUUCGUUUAAGAUUAACUUGCUGUAAUUCCAACAUUAUCAACCAUUUCUUCUGUGAUGGACCCCCUCUGACUCAUCUUUAUUGUUAUGACAUCCAGCUUGUUCAGAUUCUGCUCUUUGCUUUUGUAGGAUUUAAUGAGAUUGCAACUACAUCCCUAGUGGUAAUCUCCUAUUGCUGUAUCAUUGUCACAGUCCUCCAAAUGCGUUCACUUGAAAGUAUUUACAAAGCAUUCUCUACCUGCUCUUCCCACCUGAUUGUUGUCUCCACUUUCUAUGGGACUGUUCUUUUCAUGUACUUGCGGCCUAGCUCCAGCUAUUCCUUGGAGCAAGACAAGAUCGUAUCUGUCUUUUAUGCUGUGAUCAUUCCUAUGCUCAACCCAAUGAUAUAUAGUUUAAGGAAUAAAGAAGUUAGAAAAGCCAUGAAAAAAACAUUUCAAAGAAUAGCCACUUCCAAGUGAGUUGCACACAAAAUUUAGGAAAACAUAUUCACGCUAUUCAUUUGCCACAAAUGCAUUAUAUCACACUUACAGAAAAAUCUUCAUGGUAUCUAUAAUCGUUUUAGAGUAAUUUUUUAGCUAUCCUUCCAAAGCUUUUGUGCUGGAUUUCUUUUAUUCGUGCAAUGAAUGUUUUGUGACAUGUCACUGAGCAGAAUAAAUUCCCUUCAUGAAAUCCACAUUCCAAUAACCCUGCACAUUGUUUACCCUUUUCAUGUUUCUAGAUUGCAUGUCGGAACUGGCUUCAUAAGGAAAGUUGCUCCAUCUCUUCAAGCUUCUGUUGUAAUGUUGUGGUCAAAAUGACUGUUCAGUCCUCCAUAUUUUAUCAUUUCCCCCCUUCUGAAAGAUGCCUUGUUUCUGAAAGGAAACACAUGUUUGGGAAACACAUGUUUGGGAGUUACAGAGUCAAAGACAGAACACAAUUGUUCUACUUUUCUUUAUUGGCAGCCAGUUUUAAUGAUACUACAAUCCUACAUAUGUACAUAAAUGAUUUCAGUGUGAGUUAUUUAGAGAAACAAAUGUAAAAUUCUAAUGCAGGCUCUAGACAACUAAGGAUUACCAUUUGUAAAAAUCCUGUAGCAUUCUGAUGCCUGGGUGAAAAC